CUUCACAACAGUACUUGCGCUUCAGUCGUUAUAAUAUCCACGACUAAACGUUCAUUCUGUUCUUAAACAUUUUAUUACGUUCUACUGAAUAAUAAAAACUAUCUUACAUUAUGUGGCGUUUUUUGCCAUGGCUUGCCGUUAUUUUAACGUUUACAAAUGCGACAUUAGUGAGAAUCCCGGUGCAUAAAAUUCCAAGUGUACGACAUACUUUAAAGGAAGUUGGAACAGAUGUUCAUCAAAUACGUAUAAGAUACAGCAAUCAAUUUUACGAUGGAAGUCCAGAGCCGUUAUCAAAUUACAUGGAUGCUCAAUAUUAUGGAGAAAUAACAAUCGGUCAACCACCACAGAAAUUCAAUGUUGUGUUCGAUACUGGAUCAUCAAAUCUGUGGAUUCCAUCAAAGAAGUGUCAUUACACAAAUAUUGCUUGUUUGUUACAUAACAAAUAUGAUAGUAGAAAAUCACAAACUUACAAAGUAAAUGGCACCGAGUUUGCUAUCAGAUAUGGAUCAGGCAGCCUUUCUGGAUUUUUAUCAACGGAUGUUGUUACCUUGGCUGGAAUGGAUAUAAAAGAUCAAACAUUUGCUGAAGCAAUAAGUGAACCAGGACUCGCAUUCGUUGCUGCUAAAUUCGAUGGUAUAUUAGGUAUGGCUUAUGACCGAAUUGCUGUUGAUGGUGUUAAACCUCCUUUCUACAGUAUGUAUGACCAAGGAUUAAUAUCGAAAAAAAUCUUUAGUUUUUAUUUGAACAGAGAUCCACAAGCUCAAGUUGGAGGUGAAAUGAUUCUUGGUGGCUCUGAUCCUGAUCACUAUGAUGGUGAUUUUACAUAUGUAUCCGUUGAUCGUCAAGCUUACUGGCAAUUUAAAAUGGACAGAAUAAAAGUUGGGGAUCAAGUAGUUUGUGAAAAUGGUUGUGAAGCUAUUGCGGACACUGGUACUUCCUUAAUCGCUGGUCCAGUUAAAGAAAUUGAAGCAAUUAAUAAAGCACUUGGUACUCUUCCACUUCCCGGUGGUGAAGCUGUUAUUAACUGCAGUAUGAUUUCAUCAUUACCUAAAAUUGAUUUUGUUUUUGGCGGUCGAGCAUUUUCAUUAUCUGGUGAUGAUUACAUACUCAAGGUAACUUCAUUUGGUAAAACUAUCUGUCUCAGUGGAUUCAUGGGUAUUGAUAUUCCUCCGCCAAACGGUCCACUGUGGAUCCUUGGUGACGUUUUUAUUGGACGUUUUUACACUGAGUUUGAUAUGGAGAAUAAUCGUGUAGGGUUUGCCAUUGCUAAAUAAAAUAUCAAAGUUUCUAUAUUCUGAAAAUACUAUAGAAAAAAAAUUUUUUCAACCAUGGGUGUAUUUGUAAAAAUCAAUUCAAUUCAAUAUACCAAAUAAGAUUAAUUAAACUAUUUAUUUUCAUUUACUCUCCGUUACUUUUAUAUUGAUAAAAUUUCAUUUAUCUAUUGAUUAUGAUCAUAAAAAUAGCAAUUGAUUUCUGUACGUUCAGUUAUAAAUUUUUAAUAAAAAUUGAUCAAGUCAA